GCUUCUGCAGUUCAUUUUCUAGUUUUUGAACUGUUGUCUUGAUAGUUCUCGUACUGAUCAAAACCAAAAAAACCAAAAAAAAAUCAGCAAGUUAUUGGACAGCUGUUGUUAACGUCAAUCAUUUACUGCUAUUGGGAUAAUUUAUUUUCCAUCCUUGGGCAAUGGCGCCUAUCGCCGAUCAUGGAGCUUCGCCCACUAUUCGACCUCGACAACAAGCGCUCAGCAUGAGUAGUGUGUCCAGUCGCACGAGUAGUCUUGCCAGUUCCAAUCUUCAAUACCCCAGUAGCAUCACCACACUUGCCACGCCGACCACUUCCAAUUCUAUCUCGCCCAUUCAAGACAUCUACGCCGACGGACAGUUCGAUAUCAUCGAUAAUCUUGAUUACGACGACGUUGAUGAUGCACUGAUCGACCACGAAUUAGUGCAUCGUAAUCGGGAAACCCUUGUUCAACAAUUAUAUGCUUCGGAACAAGCCUACCUUCAAUCGCUUAGUCUGAUCAUGCACAUCUUUUUCCAACCACUUCGGAAAGGUCAAAAAUCCUCGUCAUUCAAAUUCCUGUCGAUGAAAAAAACGAUUUGCACCGAAAAAGAAAUGCGUUGGUUAUUCGGCAAUCUGGAAGAAAUCUAUCAGGUGCACCAGCAUAUCCUUCAAUCGCUUGAGGAACGCCUUAAAAUAUGGGGACCUACACAAAUCAUUUCGGAUGUCCUUUUAACUUGGUUUUCAUAUUUAAAAUGUUACCAUGUGUACCUUGAUAAUUAUGAUGUUGCUGUGACAACAUACGAACGAUUGACACGCUACGAACCAUUCAAAAAAUUCAUUGAUUCAGCCCAUAAAGAUGCCACAUUGAAAGGUGCGACGUUGCUUUCGCUGCUGCAAAUACCUGCAGGUUGUGUCAGUCGAUACGCUCAGUUGAUGAGUAAAUUAGCCGACGCUACCACGCCCAUGCAUCCAGAUUAUGCAGGGUUACGCAAGUGUAAAAAACGCAUUCUCUCUCUUGCCGAGCAAAUCAAAAUCAAGGUAGACGAUUGCGAUAAUGUAGAUCAAGUGUUGAUGAUCCAUCAAGCUUUGGUGGGUGCACCUUUCGGAGUUCGAGCCCAGCGUCGACUGAUACUGCAAGGCCAAUUGUCGGAUCCCAAAGCGAAUGGUGAAGACCGGACCUAUCUGCUAUUUUCUGAUCUUCUCGUGGUUGUGCGACCAAAACAGGAAAUGAAGCGUAUGACGCUUCAGUACAAAGGACAAAUCCAUCUGGAACGGGCCAAGAUCCGUGCUUUGCCUUUGAGCGAAAGCAACGGCGGCUGUCCUUAUGGGAUUGAAAUCACUUCAUCCUUCCAGGGUGUGGAUACGCUGAAUACCACGUUCAUGGGUACGCCCACUGUACAUAUCAUCUAUGCCAGCAACGAAAAGGAGCAAGAGGAGUGGCUGAAGCUACUAACAAUGGUCAUUGAAAAAAUUGACCGUGCAGACAGAGCGCGGAUUCCCAACAAACGACUGGCGCAAAGUCGCUCACCCCCAGAAUCCUUGAGACGUCAAACGACCAACGGUACAUCAAGUGCAUCAUCCAAAAAAUCAUCCCUCAGCCACGAAAGUAGUGACGUUCCCAAACCAUCCCAGUGACAGUAACAUGCAAAAUCAAAAGGGAGAAAAAUUUUUUUUUUCCCAUCCCACGAUGUUCCCAAACUUUUCCACCGUUAUUUCUUCAUGGGAACACUUACACAUACACAAUCGCGCGCAUCAUCUAUUCCCGAAAUUUAUUGCCUGAAAUGUAAUUUGUAAAAGAGACUUGAAAAAACCCUGAUUGUAGUAGGCAAUGCCUUUUAUUUGAUCGAAAAAACCCAUAAAACCAGUCGACUCUUGGCGGAUUUCUCUACACCUCUUAUAUCAUAUACUUAUCUUCCCCCUUCAACCCACCCAUGAUGCAUUGUAUA